CUGAUGCAUCUUUGUUGACUAAACAGCAACAAUACUUACAUACAUAAAAACACAUAUGUUAGCAAUAUUUGUCUACCAAAGUUGAUUGUAAUUUUAAACAUUUUAUGUUUUAAUUCUUUUAUUGCAUUUGUCUAGUGGAAAAUACAAGUAAUUAAAACAAUUGUGCAACUUCAAAAAUAAUUUAAUUUUAUAUUUGGGUUUACAAAAUAAUACAAAAGAUGCUUCGACUUCUAAAGGUUGUUGUGAUGUUAUUUCUAGCUAACAGCAGUGCGGGUUUUACAACCACUACAUAUCCCAAUACUAGUUCAACCCUGCCGAUAACACCAGGCCCGUGCAGUGGAACGCCAUGUUUCAACUCCGCCACGUGCCUGCCUUCUGUCACGAGUUUCACGUGCAGCUGUGCAGGCGGAUUCAACGGAACAGUCUGUGAACUCGACAUUGACGAGUGUCUGAAUUCCCCGUGCACAAACAACGCUCAGUGCUCUAAUACUUAUGGGAGUUACACGUGCCAUUGUAGACCCGGGUUUGCUGGCAAAAACUGUUCGGAUCCCGACCAUUGCUCCUCCAAUCCGUGUCAAGGUCACGGCGAGUGUCGCCACAACGUGACGUCAUUCUACUGCGACUGUUUCCAUGGCUACAGUGGAGCUACUUGUCAGAUUAAUGAGGACGCAUGCGCAAGCUCUCCGUGCCAGAAUGACGGCACGUGUCAAGACCUUGUCGGCGACUACGUUUGCAGAUGUCAGAAUACAUAUACGGGCAAAAACUGUGAACAAGAAAUCGAUUACUGUGAUCCAUCGCCGUGUCAAAACAAUGGCGUCUGUCGACGUCAUAGUAUCGGAUACGUGUGCGACUGUCCUGGUGACGUUAUAGGGCUCAACUGUGAGCUCCCUAUUCAACAGGUCUGUGACGGCGACCAGUCGUUUUGUCUGUGUCAGAUGAACGGGGAACCAAUCCACGUGCCGGUGCCAGACCCUUUCCGAGACGACGAGAAAGAACGAUAUCUUGAGACGGGAAUUAUCGGGUAUCCUGUCGGCCUGGUAAUAGGAACAUGUCUGUGUGCGUUAUUCCACUAUACGAUUCGUCCCCGAUUCGUUUCGUCCAAAAAACGCCCGUCUUCUGCUGCUUCGUCAUCAUCCCUUUCGUCCCAAGAAUCUCAGCAAUCGGCACCACCGCGGUAUUCUACUCUUGGAUAUUCGUCUUCUGCAUCCCAUGUGUGAAAUCGAAUACUUAUAGUUGAACCUUGUUCUGGGAAAAUGGGCUUUAAUUGUUGCAUGUGCGUUAAGUGUCUUCCCAGAUUGGCCUGUGAAGUCCCCACGGGCUUAUUAUAGACGGCACUUUCCGGUUGUAUGGCAUUUUUACGUUUAAAGGAAAUUCUUCUGGACGAAAAUCAAGUUUAAGUUGAUAUUGCCUCCCCUGAUUGGCAUCAACAGGCUAACCUUGGGCGAAACUUUACGCACAUGCUUUUAUUGACAGAUGGGAACCAUGUGCAUAUCAUUUACAUGAUUUAAAGCUAUUGAAUUGUUACUUUGUCACAUUAUUUAUAUAACGACGGAUGGUUCUUUACCAUGAAAUAUUGCUUACAAAAUACCUCGUACAUAUUGUUACAAUCUUGUCCGCACCAUCAACGUUUCAUUUCAUAGUAUGGGCUUAAAAAAGUAUUUUAUUAUUAUUAUUAUUG